AUGCUUCUAGUCAAGAUCAAAGCAAGUCCUGUAAAGGUAAACAUCCUAGCAGCAUAUGCUCCCACUGCGGAUGCUGAAGACCAACAAAAUUUAAAAGCUUUUAUAGCUCUCUUGAUGAAUUAUUGUCAUCAUGUUGAACCGCUCGGUUUGGGGGAACGGACUGAAUGUGGAGAUAGACUUAUAGAUUCGUGUAGAAAGAAAGAUCUGGUCAUCACAAACACCUGGUUUAAUGUAUACCCCAGGCGACGAUAUACUUGGAUUAGUCCUGGAGAUAGAGCCAAGAGCAAACAGACUGUUGUGAUCAGUUCAAGAUACCGGAACAAAAGGAGAAGCCCUCGUCAAGCUGGUUCCACCCAGAGCUCAAAGAUUGGCAGCAAUCUUUAUGAAGAGGAAUACUGUAUCAGAGCAACAGACAGCCACAUUUUCCACGAGACCGAGCACGUCAAUUCUCGUUGGGAAGAGUAUGUUCAAGAACUUUUUGAUAAUGAGCAAGGUCCAGAAUAUAAAGCCCUGGAAAUGGUCACAUCUAGUCCCCCAAUUCUGAGUCAGAAGUGCACUGGUUCCUACAGCAAACAACUCAUACCCGAAAUCCAGAAGCCCAGUUUUGGGUUUAUGAGGAUACGAGGAACACUAUCUUCGUCAUGA